AUGGACGAGUUACGCUUUCGCAGCCAGCAAUCCCUUGAUUCAAUCAAUGGUCUAGUCUCUCCUCCACGAACCAGCCGAGUACCUCAAUCCCAACCUCUCCAUACUCAAGAUGGCCGGGGCGGUCUGAUAAGAAGAUUCACUACCGACUCCGGUAGAGUACCGACAAUUGGAUCUCUGCUCACCCAGCGCGGUGUGCCAGAGCAGCCCUUGGAAUAUGGUCCCUCGACUUACCACAAGGUGCAACUUUUAGAGAAAAAGAAACUCGAGUACGAGCGACUACGAGAGCAGAAAAGACGAUUUGAGGCUGAGAUGCAACUUCUGGAUCUGCAGCAACGCCGCGAAGAACAAGAGCUUGCUCAGAUGCAGGAGGAUAUUGGUCGAACCAACAAUAAGAACUCGAAUACCGGCCAUCAAUCCGAACCAACUACUCCACCCGAGUAUCGCGAAACUACUUCGGGAUUUCCUUCAGUGUUCUCUCGACCAAAUCGAUACUCGGCUUCGAGCCUGACCUCUCCGCCAGGUCUCUACAAUCGCCCAGGGCGAUCUGGUUCUCAGCUCACUUCCCCACAAUCCGGCAUACUCCAAUCUCGAAUGAUGGAUGAUAAGCUCCCUUCCAAAUCAGUUCCAGGAUCCAGACGCAACAGUGACGAAGACGAGAAGGAGGAGGCUGUUAGACAGGAUCCGACAAGUCACCGAGCAACGAAUGCCGUCUCGGCACAACUUGCCCACUUGACAUUCGAGCAUCUUGCUGGCAGUCAUCAUCUUCCCACCGCCCACAUUAGCACUCUCUUUUCCCCCGAAUUUUCUCAACAGAUAUUCGAUGCCUGUAACCAAAUCACGCAACGGCAUACACAACAUGUUGUCCGACGAUCCCGCCAGUACCACCCGCUUCCUCUUCGGCGAGGAGAUGGUGCUUCAUCUCCAGACGUUAAGACGUAUUUGCAAAUGAACGCCACAGACGACAAGUUUCCAAUUCUUGUUCGUCGUGAUGACUACCCCGGCUUGCUUUCCGCCUCCUCUGCAGCUCUUGAUCUGGCUUUGUCACAGUCACCUGGCCCGGACUCCAACGGUUGGGCGGCUCCGUUUGCUUCGCGCGGACACAGGUCCUCCCAGUCCCAACAGAACCUUCCAAUGAGCAAUAUUCCAGGCCAGACCAACGGAUCAGCUUCGAACUCCCAGGCCGAGUCCCCAGUCAGCUCUCGCCAGUACCGUCAUUCUUUAGACUCGCAGUAUUACGACCAAGAUAGCACCUCUACCCCCGUUACAUCGCCACAUGCUACACCUCCAAAGCUCCAUUCUUCCCAAUCUGCAAGUGAGGUCCCUACGAUGAGAUCAAGCAUGAACGGAAUGUCGAGCGUUAACACGACGCCAAACUCGCAUGCGCAGCAACAUUUGCACAACCACAACGCCAGUUUGGGCCGCAUUCCACCAAAUGCUAUGAACAACCGAUUAAGCCGUGAGAUGUCUUCGGGAGAGACCUCUACUUUGCGAGAUGCACAGAAUGGAGGUUAUCAAUCUAUCAACUCAGCUCUUCAAGCUAGUACCGCUCCAUUCAAUCCUACCUUAACUCAGAGCAUGUCUCAAGCACAACUGCCAGCGGCGAUGACCUCUCCAACAGCGCAACAAGCAUACUCUGUUCCUGGCCAGGGCUAUUACAAUUACAACAUGCCAAUUAUGAACAUGGGAAUGCAGAACAUGAGCCUUGGCCAGCAGCCCAUGUACUCUCCACAACCCAACCCAUAUGCUCCUUAUGGUAACAUGUAUCCGCAAACUCAGGCCCGCGGCCAUGACAGCCAGGCUCGUGUUAUUCAGCAGCGUCGACAAAACGAUGGUGAAGCAAUGAACCGAUUUGCCAACUUGGCACUGGAUCAGAUUGGUGGUGAGAUCUAUUCUCUGUGCAAGGACCAGCAUGGGUGUCGGUACCUACAGAAGAAGUUGGAGGACCGUGAUCCUGCUCAAGUCCACAUGAUAUGGCUGGAGACCAAUCAGCAUGUCAUUGAGCUGAUGACUGAUCCUUUUGGUAACUAUCUGUGCCAGAAGCUGCUGGAGUACUGCAACGAUGACGAGCGCACCGUUCUGAUCGAGAACGCCUCUCACGAUCUUGUCCGCAUUGCUCUCAAUCAGCAUGGAACUCGGGCUUUGCAGAAGAUGAUCGAGUUCAUCUCAACCCCUGGCCAGGUCCAGACCAUUAUCAGUGCUCUCCGCUAUCGAGUUGUUGAGCUUAUUCAAGACCUGAACGGCAACCACGUCAUCCAGAAGUGUCUCAACAAGCUUUCACCAACUGAUGCUCAAUUCAUUUUCGACGCUGUUGGAACCAACUGCAUCGAUGUGGGCACUCACCGCCAUGGUUGCUGCGUCCUUCAACGUUGCAUUGACCACGCUUCUGGAGAACAAAAGGCUUGGUUGAUUAGACAAAUCUCUAACAAUGCUUUCCUCCUCGUUCAAGAUCCUUUCGGAAACUACGUUGUCCAAUACAUCCUCGAUUUGAACGAACCAAUCUUCACAGAACCCCUUGUUGCAAUGUUCUCAGGACGUGUUGGUCAGCUUUCAAAGCAAAAGUUUAGCUCCAAUGUUAUCGAAAAAUGCCUGCGAUGUGCUCAGGAGCCAUCAAAGGAUAUGCUGAUUGAGGAGAUGCUUCAGCCAUCAGAGCUUGAUCGUCUUCUCCGAGACUCUUUCGCCAACUAUGUCAUUCAGACUGCCCUUGACUACGCCAAUCCUACAAUGAAGGUGCGCUUGAUUGAGGCCAUCCGUCCUUACCUCCCUGCUAUCCGCACAACCCCCUACGGUCGCCGCAUCCAGGCCAAGAUUCAAGGCAAUGAGAACCGCAGUGGUCCGUCAAGUGGCCAAGCUACCCCGAAUGAGCUAGAGCCAACGCAGGCACCAAUUCGCCAUCAACGUGGCUUGUCGAACGCCUCUGCUGGGAGCUUUGUUAGCCCGGUCAGUGCCUACGCCAAUGGAUACCCACCGGCAAGUGGGCCUGGCACUACAAAUGGCUUCCCCGGAGCAGUGACCCGUCCGGCACCUCAGCCAGGCGGUGCUGGAGGCUUCCCCAGCAGUGAGCAGCUUACAUCCAACCGCCAAGGUUCCCAGCAACCAUUCCCUUACUCGUAUGGUAGAGGAAAUGGCCAGACUGGAGCUGAGACUUGGCUUUGA